AAAUUCCCGGCAAAAAGACGGUGGCAUGGCGUAAGACUGGCGGCCUUGUUGUACCUGCAUUCGUUUGUCUAGGCGGUUAUCAGAAAUAUGCUUGUGUACUUAUGUAUUUAUUCUCAAGGCAGAAGAAAGAGGACACUGUAUCCUCUACUUGCUUUGCUAUGGGUGUGCAGGCAAUACGACCCUGUUGUUGAAGUGCAAGGAUUUAACCGUUCCUGCGUCAUUCCGUGCGGAGGUGGCUUUCCUCCUCUGGAAGGAUCUGGCGACUCGGUCUGGGUCUCCAUUCAACUUCCUCGGCAGCAUGUGCUUGACCGCGCGCCGUUCAGCUGCUUUUGCGCAAUCCUGGAUCGAUGAAGCGGAGAACCCGGAAGAUCUGGGGAAACAAGCAUC